GCACCGGCCAUAAGAAGCGGCUGCACAGCCCCCGGCCCCCAGUGCAGCAGCAGCAGCAGCAGCAGCAGCAGCAGCAGCAGCAGCAGCAGCAGCAGCAGCAGCAGCAGCAGCAGCAGCACAAGGACGUUUCGAGCGCACAGGACCAUGUUCCCCGCCCGCCGCCUCCUCUUCCUCCUCCUCCUGCUGGCCCUGCACGCCGGGCCUGCCCAGGCUGCUCCGUGGCGAGCACGGGGAGGAGAUGAGGCUGUUGGCAACGAUUAUCCAGCUUCUUGGCUGGAUGCAGUUUCGGAGCCCUUGAGGUAUCCUGGAGCCCAGCCUGUGGGUGAAGCUGAUCCAGGUUCCCGUCUGGGUUCCAGGACCGAGCUCCCAGGACAUGCCGUGGAUGAUCACGCAGGAAGGACUUUUCAGGCUCCUCGGCAGCGUGCUGGGCUCCAGCCCGGCUGGCGUCGCAGGGGUCUUCCAAGACCAAGAAAUGAAGCUGAACGAGGUAAAAAGGCCCCAGAGCCAUCAAAACUCAUGAGGCAACUCCUGGACGAACUGCACAGAGCACACGAGAUGAACCGCGAGGCUGUGUGGAAGGAGGCGUUUCCAGAAGGAAGCCGCAGCUCCCUGCCAGGCUCUGGUGAAGCAGCAGAGGCGAUGCCAGCCGCUGGUAUGCCAGGGCUGUCAAGGCCCGGAGCUUACCAGCACAGCAGCGUAAAUGAAUCCCAUACGACGAACUCAGAUGUGGUUAACAAGGCAACCACAGGUGCUCCCAGUCCCCAGGGGAACACAAGUUUUUUCUGCCACGAAGUUAUGGGAAAGCACUGUGUCAUAUUCACAGUAGCAACCAUGAUUUCCAUACCACUGGCAAUAGUGUUCUUCUGUGUCGCAAUCUGGCAGUGGAGGACGGCUAAAAAGCUCCGCAGUGCAGAGGCAGCAGCCAGGCGGUCUGGAAUAUGGCAGCCGCCCCUCACUCCAGAAAAGAAGACCGGGCGCUGUGGCACUUCCGAGAGCACAUCACCGGCUGCCAAGCCGCAGUGGGAGCACAAUUACAUCAUCAGGCAACUUAUGGGCUUCAAGUCAGCUCGUCCGCAGUCCUCACCAGCCCUGCGUCCUUCCGGCCCAUCACCGGCUCUGCAGGGACAGGACCAGGAUGGUGCUCUGCAGCAUCAGACUGGCGUCAAGGAAGCACGUCCAGCCUCAUCGCCACUCCAACGUUCCUGGAACCCAUUCUCUGCUGACCUGAAGCUAAUGAAGCCAUGGAAAAAGCCCAAUGUCAUCCAGCUCCCAUAGUGCUGCUGACAAGUGCCUCCACUAUCCCCACAGUUUCCCAAAUAAAGGGGACUGAUCUGUU